CUCCCCUCUUAUCAUUCCUUCACAAACCAAACCAAAAAAGCCAACAGAAAGCAUCCUUUUCAAAUACAUUUGGGUGCGUCAUAAUUACUUAUAUUUCUGCCAUUUUUUGUUGAUUAGAAUCACCAUCUUUCAGAUCCAAUCUUAGGGUUUCUGUUCUUCUAUGUCUCUUGAAUUCGAUCUCCAUUUCCAUAUAGGAAAUUUGUGAGUGCUUGUUUCAAAUCUGUGAAAUCAAUACACAGAUUGAUAGACUAUUGGUAUAUAAAUACAUAUCGGAAAUAUGGAAGCAAUCGAAGAAUUGCAGCAGCUGUCGGAAUCUAUGAGACAAGCAUCUGCGGUGCUUGCCGACGAAGAUGUUGAUGAAACGACGACGUCUUCUUCUUCCAAACGAUCCUCCACAUUCCUCAAUGUCGUUGCCCUCGGCAAUGUCGGUGCUGGUAAAUCUGCUGUCUUCAAUAGUCUUAUUGGACACCCUGUUUUACCAACUGGUGAAAAUGGUGCAACUCGGGCUCCAAUAACCAUUGAUUUGAGUAGAGAUAGUUCAUUAAACAACAAGUCUAUCGUUUUACAAAUUGAUAAUAAAUCCCAGCAGGUUUCUGCAAGUGCUCUUCGGCAUUCUCUACAGGAUAGGCUAAGCAAGGGUUCCUCAGGCAGGAGUCGUGAUGAAAUAUAUCUGAAACUUCGCACUAGCACAGCUCCGCCAUUGAAAUUGACAGACUUGCCAGGAUUGGAUCAAAGAAUCAUGGAUGAUUCACUGAUCAGUGAAUAUGCUGAACACAAUGAUGCUAUUUUAGUAGUUGUAGUACCUGCUGUUCAGGCACCAGAAAUUUCAUCAUCCAGAGCUCUUAGAAUUGCUAAGGAAUAUGACGCAGAGAGUACAAGAACAAUUGGUGUUAUUAGUAAAAUUGAUCAAGCAGCUACAGAGUCAAAAGCUCUUGCUGCCGUUCAGGCACUCCUCAUGAAUCAGGGUCCUCCAAAAACUUCUGAUAUUCCAUGGGUUGCAUUGAUUGGUCAAUCUGUUUCCAUUGCUUCAGCACAAUCAGGAAGUGCUUCAGCUGAAAAUUCUUUAGAAACAGCUUGGCGUGCAGAGAGUGAAAGUCUAAAAUCUAUAUUGACUGGGGCCCCCCAAGGCAAGCUUGGGAGAGUAGCAUUGGUGGAAGCUCUUGCUGGUCAGAUUCGUAGUCGUAUGAAACUCAGGCUUCCAAAUCUUCUCUCUGGGCUUCAGGGGAAGUCUCAAAUCAUUCAGGAUGAACUAGUGAGGCUCGGUGCACAAAUGGUUAGUAGUUCUGAAGGCACAAGAGCUUUGGCUUUGGAGCUCUGCCGUGAAUUUGAGGACAAAUUCCUUCAGCACCUUGCAGGUGGUGAAGGUAAUGGAUGGAAAGUUGUAGCGAGUUUUGAGGGAAAUUUUCCAAACAGGAUCAAGCAGCUUCCUUUAGAUAGGCAUUUUGACAUGAAUAAUGUGAAAAGGAUUGUCCUAGAAGCAGAUGGUUAUCAACCUUAUCUUAUAUCCCCGGAGAAAGGGUUAAGGUCCUUAAUAAAAGGUGUUCUGGAGCUGGCAAAGGAGCCUGCACGUCUAUGUGUAGAAGAGGUACAUCGUGUACUGGUGGAUAUAGUAUCUGCUGCAGCAAAUGCCACUCCUGGUCUUGGAAGAUAUGCUCCCUUUAAGAGAGAGAUUGUGGCAAUUGCAAGUACUGCUCUUGAUGGCUUUAAGAAUGAUUCUAAGAAAAUGGUAGUCGCCCUGGUGGAUAUGGAGCGUGCAUUUGUGCCACCUCAACAUUUCAUCCGAUUGGUGCAAAGGCGAAUGGAUAGGCAGCGUCGUGAGGAAGAGAUAAAGAACAAAUCCUCUAAGAAGGCAAAUGAAGCAGAGCAAUCCAUACUAAAUAGGGCAACUAGUCCUCAAACAGGAUCCCAGCAGUCUGGAGGAAGCUUGAAAUCAAUGAAGGAUAAUAAAUCUGAGAAAGAUUCACAAGAGGGAUCAGCCUUGAAAACAGCAGGGCCUGGCGGUGAGAUAACAGCAGGAUAUUUAUUGAAGAAAAGUGGAAAAACAAAUGGUUGGAGUAAACGUUGGUUUGUAUUGAAUGAAAAAAGUGGCAAGCUUGGUUACACCAGAAAGCAGGAAGAAAGACAUUUCCGAGGUGUCAUUAAUUUGGAGGUAAGAACUUCAAUAGGACAGAGAGAAGUUUUAAUUGAUAAGAAAAUGAAUAAAUAAAUAAAGGAUUUCAAAUAGGAGAAAUAUGAGCCAAUUGAUUAUCUUUUAUUUAAAAUAUUUUUUUCCCGUCUUACAGCUCACAGCACUGUUGUGUUAAAAGCUGAGACUAUUGCUGACAAGGUUGAGUGGGUAAACAAGCUAAGAAGUGUCAUCCAGGCUAAAGGAGGUCAAGUUCCUGGCGACUCUGGUCUUCCCAUGCGUCAAAGUCAUUCUGAUGGUUCACUUGAUACAAUGACAACGACUAGAAGACCAGCGGACCCUGAAGAAGAGCUCCGGUGGAUGUCUCAAGAAGUACGCGGUUAUGUCGAAGCUGUUCUUAACAGCCUGGCUGCCAAUGUCCCAAAAGCGGUUGUUCUUUGCCAAGUAGAGAAGGCCCGGGAAGACAUGCUUAAUCAGCUUUACAGUUCCAUUAGUGCCCAAAGCACUGCAAGGAUUGAAGAGCUGCUUCAGGAGGACCAGAAUGUAAAGCGUAAGAGAGAGCGUUAUCAAAAGCAGUCCUCUGUUCUUUCAAAACUUGUAAGGCAACUUAGCAUCCAUGACAAUCGAGCAGCAGCUGCUUCUGGCUGGUCCAGUGAUGGUGUUGGAGCAGAGAGUAGCCCAAGAACAAAUGGGUCUUCAUCGGGAGAUGAUUGGAGGACAGCAUUUGAUGCUGCAGCUAAUGGACGUGCUGACCCGUACAGAUCGCACAGUCGACGUUACAGUGAUCCUCCUCAAAACGGUGAUGCAAAUUCAACCACAAACAACAGUCGCCGUACACCAACUCGGAUGCCACCAGCACCACCUCCAUCCGGCUCAUCCUAUAGAUAUUAGAUAAGAGGUUUGACGAUACCAAUUGAUCAUUCGUGCAAAUCUUGUUGGCUGGGUGGUUUGCUUCCACUCCAGAUGGGAGCAUUUCUCAAGCUCACAUCAUGUUAUGGUAGCUUUUGUAGGAAGGUUAAUAGGUUUUGUAGAUAUAUAAUGCAGUUACAAGUGCUUGAUUUUCAGGUGUAUCAUGUUCAUUAAAUUUUUUAGUCCAUAAUUCCAUUUUGUUGUCAGGCUGGUCGAGGCCAUCUCUCUUUUUUUCCCUUCCAAUAUCAGAUGCUCCAAAAUACAAAUGACAGUUGUAUUUGUUGUACUGAAUCUUAUUAGAAAAAGUAUUUUUUUUCUCCUUC